CCCUUCUCAGUGCUAAAUAAUCUGUUUACGGUUGACACAUCAUCGCAUCAGACAACAGCUGGCGAUACAUAUGCAGAUGUAUCAUGAUUUGAUAUCGCCUAAAUUCAACGGAAAUAUCGAAGAAAAGCAACUAAAAGCAGGGAGAAAAACCGCACACGUAGGAAACUCUCUCGCGUUCUAGUGACUGGUCUCUCUGUUUCUGUUUUUUGUCUCUGUGUUUCAGUCGUAUAGUUUUCAUAGAGAUGGGUAAAAAUGAUGUAGGGAAAGACGAUUCUCCAAUUCUGAAUGAAACUGAGUUAAGGGAAGACAGAUCUUCGCGUGUUCCCGACAGGAGGUUGGAAGCAGGAAAGGCUGCAAGAAGAGGUUUGAAAAUCACGGAAUUGCCACGGAUGAAACUGUUACUACUGGGGAUCCUUUGUGUAGGUAACUUACUGGUGGAAACCUGGAUCGCCGUAAUGGGACCGUUCUUCCCUCAAGUGGCCGCCAAGAAGGACGUAUCGUACACGGUUAUCGGAGUGAUAUUUGCCUGUUUCCAGUUUACUAUCUUCGUUUCGUCCCCAGUCUUUGGAUCUGUGGUCUCCAAAGUCGGUGCCAAAUUCAUGUUAGUUUCUGGCCUCUUGGUAUCAGGAUCAUGUUCUGUUCUGUUUGGUUUUCUGGAAGGUUGUCAGUCUACAAACACGUUCAUAGCGUUGUCUCUCGUCACACGGUCUGUAGAGGCGUUAGGGAGUGCGGCCUUCCUUACAUCGAGUCGAGCGAUCGCCAGCGACACGUUUCCUGAUAACGUUGCUAUGAUAUAUGGUGUUAUGAACGUUUUCACCGGUAUUGGUUUAAUGGCGGGCUUCCCGUUAGGUGGUGUGUUAUACGAGGUUGGAGGCUUCGGGUUGCCGUUUUGGAGCUUUGGUACCGCUAUAUUGCUUUGCGCUGUUAUAUCCUUCAUAUUGAUACCAUCGGCAGGGUUUUCAAAUCGACCUCUAAUCGAAUAUUCUGGAUCUUUCGUUGGUCUCUUUAAAAGUGCAGAUAUCUGCAUCGCCAGCUGGUGUCUGCUGUGUUUUACCAUGAGGCUGUCUGUCACCGAUACUACAUACAGUAUCUACCUUGAACAGACAUUUGGGUUAUCUCCCAUGUGGACUGGUUUGUUUUAUCUUGCACCUGUAUCUGCAUAUACCAUAAUAUCUCCGGUAUUUGGCUGGAUAGUGGACAAAAAGGUAGUUUCAAAGAUUCAUUGAUAUAACUGCAUGCUGUGAACUGUCUAACCGGCCUCAACGUAUACUAUGAUAUCUUCAGUAUUUGUAUGGAUAGUGGACAAAAAGGUAUUAUCAAAGGUUACUUCACAUAGCUGAAUGAUUAUACACAGCAAUUCGGUUUUAACAGAUGCCGGUUUGGACAGAAUGUUUUUACAUUUACCUUUGCAAAUUUAGAGCGCGCAUAUAA